CCAGCUCGGCCCCGCCGCACGGUCUCUGGCCCCGCAGGGGGCACAGGGAGGCGCUGGGGGGCUCCGCAGGCAGGGCUGGGGAGGUGGUGGCGAGGUUGCCGAGGUGGUGCCGGAGCAGGGCUCGUCCCGCCGGGGGCUGCAGGCCCUGGGGCAGGAGUGGGGCUGGGGACCCGGCCAUGGCUGGGGUCCUCUCUGCCGCCCGCGUCUGGGGGCACCCCAGCAGCCCCGGCUUUAUGUGGGUCCGGGGUGCGAAGUGACACCUUGGUGGCCACCCGGAGGUGUCAAAACCUACAGAGUGCAGGCUGGGGCCGGACCGGGAGCCUGGGAAAGCCAGACCCAUUUGUGGAGGUGUCAGUUCUGACUCCUCUGGCCCUUAAUUGGCACUGCCCGGUGCUGGGAAGUGUGCAGGGACCAAUUCACACGGUCGUGAGAGAUGCUAACGUGCCGAGCAGCCCUGCCAGCGCCCGCACCGUCCGGUGCUGUGCUGCGAGGGGCAGCGGGGACUUGAACUUCUCCCGCAGGACACCCCCAGCAUCCCCCCACAGCCCCUGCCCCUCUGCACAGCUCCCAGCUCUGAGCUCUGUGUGUCCUGGGGGCGCUUCCACCCCCAAUGACUGCUGCGAGGGGCAGGAGGACGCAGGGGUGCCCAGCCAGGCGGGUGCCCAGCCAGGUGGGUGUGUCUGGCAGCCCCGUGUGCCCCCUUCCUGGUCGAGGCUCCUGGCCCCUGGCCCCCAGCCCUGGCCGAGCUCCAUCCCUGUGCCCUCACCACGGCUGCCCCGCAGCGCUGCACCGGGGGGGGACCCCAGCUCCCCCAGGGAGGGGUCGUGGGCACUGCCCCACGGGGGGGCUCUGACCCCACGCCCAGCGCUGCCGUGGCACAGCCGCGCUUCAGCACUUGUCUAAACACGGAGGGAAGUGGGAAGUGACUGCCCAGCGGGGCCGCAGAACUCAUUACCCAGGAGCUCAUCAGCUAAUGAGAAACAGGAGGGGGUCUGGGAAUGGGAGGGGAGCAGGGAGCGGGGGGAGAGCCAUCAGGGGGACGUGCAGGGAAGGGGCCGUGCCCCCGGCUGUGCCUAUGGGUGCAGAGCCCUCCACUGUGCGCCCCUCUGCGCUCCUUGGGCCAGGAGCCCCCCACUCCCCAAAAUGCCCCAGACCUGCCCCAGCUCCAGCCCUGCGGCCGGGCUCUGAGCAUGGAGAGGUGGCUGUGAGUCCGUGUCAGCUGUGCCCUGGCACGCUCGGACCUUGGACGGGGCAGCAAAAGGGCAUUUCCUCCAGCGAGGGCAGAGGGGUCAAUGACAUUAACUCCUCCACAUUCACCUUCUAUUCCUGCAGCGUCUGCAAGGAGAUAACUGCGCUUUUACUGCCGGCGGUGCCAAGCUAGGGGUGGGGCGGGCGAUGGGAGGCGGUCACCUGGAGGGGGCUCAGGGGUGCAGCAGGUGCCGGGGUGCCCUGCAGCGAGGUGCCCCUGGGCUGGGUUGCUGGGGGUGCCCCAGGGGUGCUCCGAGUGGCACCGGGGCUGGGCACGAGGCGGGCUUGGUGCAGCGGGGAUGGAGGGGGGGGGAGCGCCUGUCCUGGCAGUGCUGGCACCACCUGAGAGCCUGGGCAUGGUGGGACCCGCACAGGCAUGGCUUUUAUGGGAUGGAGAUGUCCCUGCCCAGACCCUGCAGCUGCCUGGGGUCUGGCCCCGGGUCAGUGUGGUGAGGAGUGGGGAAACGCAGGGAGCAGCGGUGACCACUAAGCAGGACUUACAUCUAUGUCAUCGCCUCCACGCCACUGCUUUUCCAGGGAAAAUCCCAUGACUUUCAUGUGACCAUCGGGAACCAGGAGCCUGCUGGUGACAGCGCUGCCUCACCCAGCCCCAUCGCCUGGGGAGGGUCAGCCCCGUGCCCAGCACUGUGCCCCCUGCAUGGGGGCAGAGGGCCUUGAACCCCGGUGUCUGGGGGCUCUGCACCCCCCGUGUCCGGGGCCAUGCACACGGCUGCACCCCGUGCUGCUCACCCCAGUGCCCGGCCAGGCUGUGCAGCCUGAGCUUCGGGGGCAGUGUGGCGGGGGGCUUGCAGCCCUCUCUGGGACGCAGCUCUCCCCCCUGUCUGCCCCGGGCUCUCUCCCUGAUCUGUUUUCCUUCCCUGCAGCAGUGCUGGGUUUCCCUGGAAACCUUUACACCCGCAGGGAGCGACCCCUGCACAGGGCCUGGGAACGCGGCGGGGGGCCCCCUCCCAGCCCCCGGAGCCCCCGCCAGUGGCCGGGACGGGGCUGCAUGUGCCGGGAAGGGCCAGGGACCCGCGGGGCCGUGCUCGCUGCCACCACCCCUGGGUGCUGCUCCUGGCGGGUGGGGGAGCAGCACCUGGAGGACUGGGGGCUGGGACUGAGGGCUCAGAGCUGCUGCAGGGUCUGGGGGAGCAGGGAGGGGUGCGGGGGGCGGCACAGAGCCCCCACGCUGUCAGUCACAGCACCGGGGACUGCCGGGCACCAGCCCCUGGCAGGAGCUGAGCGGCUCUGCAGGCGUCAGGGCUCAUUAGUGUGAGCAUGUGAAAUGCCAUCAGCCAGGGCUGCGGGGACCUGGCCAAAGCCUGCUGCCGUGCCUGGCACUGGGGGGGGAGCGGGGCCUGGCCCCCAGCCUGGCCGCUCACAGGGGAAUGGGGGUGCAGGUGGGACGGUGCCUGGGGUGCUGUGCUGGGCACCGUGCUGCUCGGGGACGUGCUGGGGACAUGGGGAUGGGCUGGCCCUGGUGUGACUGCACCUGCACCCCCUGCGGACCCCCCUGCAGACCCCACAGCGCACACCCUGCUGCUGCUGGCCCUGCUGCAGGGUCCAUGCGGGUCCCAAGCUCACAAGGACUCCUCCAGCCGGUGCCGGUGCCGGUGCUGAUGCCGGGUGAGGGAUGUCGGGGGGGGGUGGGCGGCACAGAGCAGCCUCACACCGCUGGGGUAAAAUUCGUCACCCGUGUGUUCAAAGGCUGGCUGCGCCUGGCCCCCCCCCGGCCUUUGAAGUGCUGCCGACGCCGGCCAUGGAGGUGCCACUUCACACCUCCGGCUCGGCAUAAAGCCCAGGCACCGGGGGCUGCCGGCACUCGGCCCCGCAGCCAUGGCUCGCCCGGCAGCCCCUGGCCUCCUGCUGCCCACCACGGCCUCACUGCAGCGCUGGGGCCUCUCCGCAGCCCCAGAGCCCGAGGGCUACAGCAGCAGCUCGCCCGCACCCUCGCCCGACUCCUGCGGCCUCUCGCCUCCCGCCUGCUGCCCGGGGGCCUCGCCGCUGGCUCCGCUGCCCCCCGCCCGCGGGGCGGCCCCGUGGGCAGGAAGGGUGCCUGGGGGUCCCGGGGGCCCUCGCCAGAGCGCCAGCGAGCGGGAGAAGCUGCGGAUGAGGCGGCUGGCGCAGGCGCUGCACCGGCUGCGGCACUACCUGCCGCCCGCGCUGGCGCCCGCCGGGCAGAGCCUCACCAAGAUCGAGACCCUGCGCCUCGCCAUCCGCUACAUCGCCCACCUCUCGGCCCUGCUGGGGCUCAGCGAGGAGGCGCUGGCCCGGCGGCGGGGGGCGGCCCCCCGGCACUGCCCCCUCUGCCCCCAGGGCCUGGGCUGCUGCCAGCCCCCCCGCACCGGCACGGCCCCGCGGGACGCUUCGCCCCCCGGCAUGGGGGAUGUGGGGACUCCUGACAUGGGGACGGGGGUCUGGGGGUCACCCUCCUAUGGCCCAGCCUUGGAGACCCCCCCGGCGCUGCACGGGGUUCCUGACAUGGGGACGGGGGCCUGGCCGUCACCACCCUACAGCCCCCCUGUGGGGACCCCUCCGGAGCUGCACGGGGCUCUCGUCUCCUCCUGGCUGCCCCUCCCUCACUGCGCAGGGGCAGGGACCCCGCCGGACCCCCCCAGCGACCCCAUCCUGGACGCAGGGCUGAUGCUGCCGGAGGCUGCGGAUGCAGGGACAGCCACCCAGGACCUCUCCGCAGAUCUCCUCUCUCUCCUGGAGGCUCUGCUGCCGCCGCAGCCCCAGGACUGACCGGGGCAAACCCCAGCUCCUCGGAGCAGGAGCCACGCAGCACCUGGACGCCUGUGACCUGGGGGGCUCAGGGGACGCGUGUCCCCCCUUGGACAGCUGGGAGGUGGGGGGGACGAGGCGCCUCGUGAGCCCGGAUCCAUGCUGGCUGUGCCAGGCUGGCUGUGACUGUACAUAAAUAAACCCUUUUGCCCACCCUGUGUGUCGCC